UUGUUUGGCUCUAUGAAGUGCAUGUAUACGGUUGACAAGCGUCAAUCCACUGGUGGUGUGUAAUAUAGGCAUAAAUGCGCUAAAAAAACACAACGUUUCGAUUCUCUUGACAUAAAACGGCUGCCAGUAGCGCGCGCUCAGUGUUUGUGCGUUGAAUUUGAGUAAAUUGUGCAUACAGUUGAUUACGAAUGCGUUGAAUUUUCAUUGAAAGAGAAAAAAAACCCAAUAACCAACCAAAGAGUGGAAUAUGUAGAGAAGCGGCAAAGCGGUUGAUCCGAGUGUAUGUUCAUAUGUAUACGUAUAUAUAUGUAUGUGUGUUUUUGUCUGGUCGUUCGUUCGUUCGUUCGUUUUUUCUUCAUUCGUCUCUCGUAACAAAUAUCUCUCGUCGUUGCCUAUCGCACCUCAAUUUAAGUAGUUAAAUGUGCAUUUAUGUGUGAAUGGCGGCUGCUGUGUUGCUGUUGCAUAUCUACACAAAUACAAGCAUAGAACGCGAAACAAAUCAACACACGACAUCACCAUUUACGACCGUUUCGUAGUAUUCGUAGUCGCUGUCGCAACUUGGGUUUUUAGUGCAUUUUCAACUGGAAUUCUUUAUUUUCAUAAAACACAACGGAGCGCUAGAAAAAUAAAACAGUGAAGAAGGGCAGGAAAAAACAAACUAGAACCAAACAGCAGCAGCACGCACAACACACCAGAAAGCAAUAACAGAAAAUAAAUUCUUUUCCCAUUUAGUUUUUUUUUGUUUGUUUUUUUGUUUGUUUCAAAAGUUGGAAAUAUUUCGUUGAACGCGCGCGUAUUGUGAGUGAGAGUGAAUCGUUGUAGCAGUGAGAGAAGAGUGCAUGCCAUAUAUCCAAUUGGAUUCAUUCAACCGACCGACCGACCGAUCGAACGACCAACCGACACAAACAAACAGCACAACGGCGAGAGACGAAGAACUGUUGAAGAAUUGCCGACCAAACCGCAGCGACAAAGAAUUCGAAGAAAAACAUAGUAAUCACUCACAACAGACACACAAUGUGCCUCAUUAACAUGGCAACCUGAACACUAUAUCGGAGUCAUAGUUGCCUAUGCAAUGCGGACGAAAUAGCAAAUCGAAUGCUUUGAACGACGAUUACUCUUUGCCAAUGAAAACUCACACCAAACGUCUACGUAAAUAUCGAAUAACAUAUGCAUACACAUUUAAGAAAUCAUAAACAAAGUAUAAAUCGAUUCGUACUGCACUGCACUGCACUGUUGUUUACGCAGACCAAGCGGGAGUGUGAUUUUUUAUUUCGAUUCUACACCGUAUUAAGUAUUUCUAAAAAGGAGAAACCAUUGAAAGUCAAACAAAACAACAGCGAGAAGAAAUUGUUCAGAACGUAUAUUCAAAGGAGAACACAGAAAAAAGAUAACAAAAAUGCCUAUCAAACGAAAAGAUCGCGAGAACAGUAACGAAACAAAUUGUGUGAAAUCCUUUCGAAUGGAUCACAUACCAACCGACCAUGAGCUUUUCUUACAAGCCUUUGAAAAACCAACUCAGAUUUAUCGAUAUCUCAGGAGUCGAAACAGGUUAUCGCCGAUAUUUUUACAUCGAAACCUAACGUAUAUGAAGGAACGCAUGUCUCGAAAUCACAAUACUCGACCAAGAUUUAGUGUGAAUAAUUUAUUGGAUACCAUUACCAAGCGUAACACAUUGGAAGAGGAGAAAAAUUGUGCGCCAAAUAACUACAUGACAUUGUUAUUUCUGGGUUUCUACAAUAAACUGAUGGUCGAAGAGCAAUAUGUUGAAGUGGAAAUUGUUGUGUCGAAAAUCGCGCAAAUGAAACGCAAAGACAGCUUCAAAUCGAAACAAGAUCGUCUUGGUUCUGCCAUUGUCAAAGUAAAUCCAGUGGAUAUGAUAGGAAAAGUGCCGGCAGUUAGCGUACCGACUGAAUUAUUCAAACCAGCUGGAACUGGUUUACUUAACAGUUCAUGCAUAUUGCAAUUGAACACCACAGUUUUACCACAUUUCAACUCUUCGAACGAACCCGUAAUCAAAUCCGAUCAGCCUGCCCGAUGUUUUGAAACGGAAUUGGUGAUAUUUGACAAACACAAUCGAUGCACAUUAAGCGAUGGCGAAUACGAGCUAACGCUCACCGAAUGUACGAAUACAGCUACACCAAAAAUUUAUUCACCAAAAAAGCAUCCAACGUGGGAAGAGAUACCCGAGCAUUGUUUAGACGAAUUUAAUAAAGGUGAAAAUCCAUUGGAUGAUUUUACGAAAUGUCCAACACUGAAAUUUAGAUUAUCGUGGACCAAAGACAAAUAUACCGAUAUGGUUGAUCGACCGUUACCGAUAACAAUUCGCAAAGAUGAUUUCAUGACAAAUGCCAAGGAGAAUGGCAGCGGCGGUGGCAUCGCAUUGAAUCGUAGCGAUUCGGUUACAUCGAGUGAAUCGAAUUGUGUAAUGAAUGGGAAUUGUACAAGUAAUAAAACAACCAAAACAUCAUCAGCAGUGGCGGUGGCAUCAGUAGCAACCGCACCGCAAGCCAAUCCAAAUGCCGGUGCAACGAGUAAAGCGAAUACGAGUAUGAGCAUGAGCGCAAAAACACAAGUGGCCAUUAAUAGCAAUGGGAUUAGUCAAUCGAUGAUUGUUAAGCUACACGAUAUUGCCUCACGAAUCAUCUACCAUUUCAUUUACAAUAACAAUUCUAGCCAACAAACCGAGACAUUUGACAAUUUCAAUUGUCCAUGGUGUUGUUUGCAUUGUCUAAAUCUGUAUUCGCUGUUAAAACAUUUGAAAUUGUGUCAUGCCCGUUUCAAUUUCACCUACGUACCAAUGCCGAAUGGUGUUCGGGUUGAUGUGUCGAUAAAUGAGUUAUUCGAUGGCUCGUACAUUGGUUCACCGCACGAUUUGGUGGGACCGGCUGGAUCGGCAUUUGCCAGAGCUGGCCCAGUACGGAGACCGGUUGUGACGCGCAUCUUGGUGUGUCGACCACGACGGCCAAGGCAUUCGUUGACUGAAUUCCUGGAAAUUGACGAAAACGAACUGAACAGCCAACGCCCAUAUGUCACCGGACACAAUCGACUGUAUCAUCACACAAUGACCUGUUUGCCGGUGCAUCCAAAGGGAUUGGACAUUGAUUCGGAAGGCGAAACCGAUCCGGCCUGGUUGCAACACAAAACCAUGCAAAUGAUCGACGAAUUCACCGAUGUCAAUGAGGGCGAAAAGGAACUGAUGAAAAUGUGGAAUUUGCACAUCAUGCGAAAUGGUUAUGUUGGCGAUAUUCAAAUACCGUUGGCCUGCGAAAUGUUCCUCGAUAUGAAGGGCAAAGAAUUGUUGCAGAAAAAUUUGUACAAAAAUUUCGUACUGCAUCUGUGCAAUUUCUUUGAUUAUGGCCUCAUUUCACCCGAAACCCUGUACAAAACCAUUCAAAAACUGCAACGAAUCUUGUCCACGUACAACGAUGGCCGUGAUGUAAUGGUUGACGAACACAAGAAGCAGUUACACUACUGGCACACCGUUGGUGUACACAAACAAAGGGAUCUACAUUCUCAACCGGCACAACCGAAAAAUAUCGCAUCAAGUACAAACACAUACAGUUUCCGCAGUGCUACACAUGCCAAACAAAACGAUAGUGAUGAUGACGAUGAUGAUGACGAGGAGGACGGUCCCAGAUCACCGAAAAAAAGAGCUGGCCGAAGCCAGUCCGACGACGUCAUCCGUGAUGGAGAUCGAACGGACAAUAAGCAUAAAAAGAAUUCACAAACCGAUCUCAUGCAAAAGUCCCGCAAUCAAACGGAUCUACGUAAUGCAGCCAAAGAAACGGGCAAAUCGGAACGAACAUCGACCGGAACGAAACGCAAAGCGUUGAAUUCACGCAGUGCAGGGAAUUCAACUGAUUCGCCACCACGUCGAAGGAGCGCAAGUGCCGCCCUACAAGUAGCCAGCAAUAAAGCAUUCACAGUGAAACGACGAAAUUCGACAGCGGUCGCCCAAUCGUCAGCACCGUCAGCAAUAAAAAAGGGCAAACGACUUUCGCUUUCGAUAUCGAAACUCAGUAAAAUUGAUAAGUAACGGUUGGCAGUUCGUUGAACGCACGAUUGUAAUUUUUUCGGUCAUAGAGCACGAUAUCGAAAAAAAAAAUGUAAAAAAAUGAAUAUUUUCAAUUUCAAGAGAGAGGGGAUGGAAAAAAAAGAUAAAAAUCCAACAACAAGUUCAGAAAAAAGGAAAAAUUUUGGCAACACACUAUUGGCGCCAUAUAUUUGGUCAAGUUUUAGUUUGUAUAUGUUUCGAAACAACGUACUAAAUCACUGCCAUAUUUUAAAUUUUACACACUCGAACACAAAGGAUGUUUUUUUUCUUCUAAUUUUUCUUAUGCGACAUUCAAUUCAUUUUCAUAGCGCACAUAAUCGAGAGAGAGUGAGAAUUGAACUUUUGCGUUGUUGUUUUAUUUUUCGCCAAACUUUUUAAAUUUUUUACAAUUAUUUCCGUUUUUUUUUUUAAAUUGGUGAAAAUGAAUUGUUGUCGCCAUUUUUGGAUACGAAUGAUUUCAUAUUGAAAUUGGCGUGGAAUAAAAUUAAAAUCAUUUAAAUACAGGAAUUGGCUAAGCAUUGGUACAACAAGCAAAUGAAAUUUCGUUUUUAAAAGAAAAAAAUUUCACAAAAAAUUGAAAUCAUCACAUGAAAUAAAUUAAAAUGAAGCAAAACAAAAAACGAGAGAGAGAGAGAGAGAGAGAGAGAGAGAGAGAAAGAGAAAGAGAGAGAAAACAAAUGGUUCGAAAUAAAAAUGUAUGAAAAUCAUGUCAUCGAUGAUAUAAUCAUUAGUCGAUAUAUACGAAAUAUGAAAGUAAUGCAAAUAGUAAAGGAAUUUCAACGAAAAA